CGAAGAGCACAGCGCACUUCAGGACGGGAAAGGCACCGCCGCGAUCACGCACUUCACCGGGAGCCCAAAGCGAAUUUCCGUCUGACGUUUCAAAUGGGGAAUGAGUAGUGUCGGUGUUGGUGUGGUGAUUACGCCCGCGUAGGGAUCUGAUGAGGGAGUAAAAGGGGAAAGGGAACGAUGUCGUCUGGUGGAGUGAUGGAUUGGGGUGCAACUGGUUUCUCCUCGUGGUGGUUCUGUGCGAGAAGAGUAGUGGUGGUCGUGGGCAUGGUGAUGGUUGUGAUUAGAGCGCUGGUGGCUGAAGCUGCAGCGGCAUCGCCCUCGAAGAUAGAGACCCCCGAAGUUCACGUCAUGAUCCCGAGCAGCCUGCGGCGCGGGGACACGGCCGAGAUUUUCUGCUCGCUCAGGCGAGGCUCCCUUCCGGUCAGCUUCCGGUGGCUGCACAACGGAAAGUCCAUCGGUCACCUCCUCGCUGAAAAGGCAUCGUCUUCCUCCCUCUGGAAAAUUGACCAUCGCGACCGGCGCUCUGAGCUGCUCAUCGAAGCCAUCGGUGCGGCGCACAUAGGAAACUACACCUGCGUCGCGAGCAACGACGCGGGAAAGACCAGCUACACGGCUAGCCUAUUAGUGGACGUGCCACCAUCAUGGAUCAAGGCCCCACUAGACGGCGCGGUUGUCGUCGGCAGCACAGUGUUGCUGGACUGUUCCGCAGCCGGAUAUCCGGAACCGAAGGCGAAGUGGACGAGAAUACGAUAUCCCUCUGAGUCCUUAAUAGAAGCUAGACAGGGCUCUAGGAUGUCCGUACUCUCCAACGGUACAUUAUCCAUUGGCAAAGUGGAGGCCGAAGACUCGGGCUUGUACCGCUGCGAUGUAGGCAAUGGUAUCGGGUCGCUACUCACCAAGACCGUCAAUCUUACAGUAAGUGUGCCUCCUCGAAUUCGAACCGAAAAUAAGAUGAUUAAAGUCCGGAUUGGCCACAUUGUGAAACUCAACUGCGAAGCCAGCGGGGAAGGACCACUUCAGAUAACUUGGGAGAAGGACGGCAACUCCAUCGAAAAAUCUCUCAAAGAAAGGUACGACAUCAUCGAGAGGUCUUUCCCAGGAGGAAUCACCUCUGACUUGCUCAUUCACAAGAGUGCCCUCACGGACUCUGGAGAAUUCAAAUGUUUGGUGUCGAAUAAAUUUGGGACCCAAGUCGGCAUUCGGGGUCUCAAAGUUAUGGAGCUGCCAUCUCCUCCUAUCGGUGUGAAAGUGGACGAUAUUGGACGUAGAUCGGUACGGGUCUCGUGGAAGAGACCUUAUUCUGACGUCACGAGCUUCUUCGUCCGGUACUGGAAAGAUAACGGAACAGGUCGGAAGCUCUUCAGCACGACCGCGUCCGGUUCAGACACUAGCGUCUACUUGCACGACCUACAACCAGGCACCGAGUACUCAGGUCACAUCGUAUCCCAGAACGACGUGGGAACCAGCGGGCCAUCUGUAUCCAUGCACUUCAUCACCAGUGAAGAAGCCCCCUCGGCUCCUCCGACAGAUGUUCACUCCACUAGGAUUGGAGAAAAGGAACUCCUCGUUACCUGGAAGGGCCCUCCGGCGGAACACCUAAAUGGCAAGAUUCAGGGAUACUACGUGGGCUAUAAAGCGCACGAGUCAGCCUUGCCGUACACCUUUCACACCGUGACAGGUGCUGCUGAGUCAGCAGUCUUGAAGAACCUCGAAGCCGGAACCACGUACUCCAUCGUGGUGCAAGCUUUCAACAGGGCAGGUCCGAGUCCCUCGUCUCAUCAGAUUGCUAUAAGACCCAUGGGAUCUGGUCUACCAAGCGCUCCCAAGUUCACAACGAGUGAUGUCACUUGCUGUUCUGUGAUCAUCACACUCAUAUCGCGGCUAAAUCCAACAGAGGGCAUCACACAAUACGUCGUGGUCUACAGAAGCUACAACAAGCCCUGGAAGAUGGUCUACUUCCCCCCACACUUGAGGAAGCUGCAAUUGCGAGGCCUAGAGAAGGACACUUACUAUGAAGUCAGAGUGGCCGCUUACAGCCUGCAAGGCAGAGGCUUGCUGUCAGCAACAGCGCAUUUCACUACACUUCGUCAUGGUUCUCCCGACGACGAAGAGGCCGUGUCGACAGCUGAGGUUCCGGAGUAUCUUCGUGCCCGAGUGCUCGUUCCGGUUGCAGUCUCCCUCGGCAUCAUCAUUAUUUCAGUGGCAGCUGGCUUUGCCUACUAUAGGCGCAUGCUAGCUACACAGAGUACGUCGGUGAAGUAUGAGACGUGCGUACAAAGGCAUGGAAGUUGGCCUGGGACGUCGAGGGACUCUUUUGUGCGGCGGAGCGUCGCCGAAUCGUCCACCUACGACACACCGUGGGACGCUCAAGCCGCAGCGCUUGCUGCAGCUACAACACAAGCUGCUUCCAUAUAUGACGGCAACUACACGAGGCUUAAAGGAAGGGGAUCCAACUCGCAUCUAGCUCUCGAAACUGCCGCGACAUCUAGCGACAAGUAGCAUAAAUAUCGCAAAUGACGUCACCGCUUCGUCUUCCGCUUUCCUCCUCCCCCAUCCGUUCCUCCCACCACCGUGGGAGCUUCAGUGUCUUAAUAUGACAGUGAACAGAGUUGACAUGUUACAAGUCUGAUGCGUUCCAGAACAUUGCAUUUAAAGACAAAAAAACGCAGUAUUACGCAAAUGUAUUGUCUGUCGUUAGCCUUCGUUGUGCGCACGCCUCUCUUUGCCGUCGUUAGAAAGCCAUCCAAUAGCGUCUAGAACACGAAGGACACUUAUACAGCGAUGAAGAUGUCCACGUCCUCAUACCACCGUACGAGGUUCAGCAUAACUUGUGUGACUCGUUCCCUCUUAGUAUGCAUUAGUCAUCCCCGAUUAGCAGUGCAGGUGAAGGAUUCACAUACGUUAAAUCACUAAGUUUAGUUCUGCCCAUCCUUUCGUUUUUACUAUGCGUCGAAAAAUUCAAAUUUGCGCCCUCCAUGACGCUGGAAUUCUUGUUCA